UUGUCCUUGACCCAGAUGCAUUUAGUGGCUAUAGCAAAGACAAGUUGGGCUUUUGGGAUCGUCUAAUUAAUUUGGACUCGCAGACGUUAAUCAAAUUAUUGCGUGAUAGAAAAGAAAAUGUCCAAGCAUUCAACAAUGGAUAAUGUUAACUUGUUUAACUAACACAACGGAGGGGACAUCCAAUUUAAAACAGUCUGCUGGUACAUUUCGCGACAAUUGAACUAGUUUCCUGGUUGUCCUAGCAUGACAACAAUAUCCCCUUCCUUGCCUUCAAUAACCAGCAAUGUGGCAGUGUCACUACCAAAGCAAUCCACGAGGAAGAAGAAGACGAGAUUGCUGAGAAUUCAAUGCAGAGUGGACGAAAAGAGUACAAGUACUGAUAAGGCAGGGGCAGGUCUUUCAUGGGUGAGUCCUGAUUGGCUAACGUCUUUCAUGAAGAUGAGGACUGGCCCAGAUGAGUCUGGCAUUCCCAUGGCAAAUGCAAAGCUGGAUGAUGUGAAGGACUUGUUGGGUGGUGCUCUUUUUCUUCCCCUCUUCAAAUGGAUGAAGGAAUCCGGCCCUGUUUAUAGAUUAGCUGCUGGGCCCAGAAAUUUUGUUGUAAUUAGUGACCCUGAAGCAGCCAAGCAUGUCUUGAGAAACUAUGGCAAGUAUGGCAAAGGGCUUGUUUCUGAAGUUUCUCAGUUCCUUUUUGGUUCGGGCUUUGCCAUUGCUGAAGGAGAGUUGUGGAUGGUCCGACGUAAGGCAGUUUUGCCUUCCAUUCAUAGGAAAUAUCUUUCUGUAAUGGUUGAUAGAGUAUUUUGCAAGUGUGCUGAGAGGCUAGUAGAGAAACUGAAUAGAGAUACAGAAAUGGCUGUUGAGGUGAACAUGGAGGAAAAGUUUUCUCAGCUAACACUGGAUGUUAUUGGCCUAUCAUUGUUCAACUACAACUUUGAUUCCCUCACAUCAGAUAGUCCACUAAUUAAUGCUGUUUACACUGCUUUAAAAGAAGCAGAAUCUCGAUCGACAGAUAUUCUGCCCUACUGGCAGAUUGAUCUCUUAUGUAAAAUAAUUCCUAGACAAAUAAAAGCAGCAAAAGCAGUUAGUAUAAUCAGAGAAUGUGUUGAAGAACUAAUAGUGAAAUGCAAAGCAAUUGUAGAAGCUGAGGGGGAGAAACUAGAUGGAGAAGAAUAUGUGAAUCAGUCAGACCCAAGUAUUCUACGGUUCUUGCUGGCAAGUCGAGAAGAGGUCUCAAGUGUACAGCUCCGGGAUGAUCUCUUAUCAAUGCUAGUUGCUGGCCAUGAGACCACGGGUUCUGUUUUAACAUGGACAAUAUAUCUUCUGAGUCAGAACCCUACUUCACUGAAGAAAGCACAAGAGGAGGUUGAUAGAGUACUGCAAGGAAGGAAUCCACAAGUUUCAGAUAUGAAGGAGCUGAAGUAUCUGACCCGUUGCAUAAAUGAGUCAAUGCGACUUUAUCCACACCCACCUGUUUUAAUUAGACGGGCUCAGGAGGCUGAUAUUUUGCCUGGAGGUUAUAAGGUGGAUGUUGGUCAGGAUAUAAUGAUUUCUGUUUACAACAUCCAUCAUUCACCAAUGGUAUGGGAUAUGGCUGAUGAGUUCAUACCUGAGAGGUUUGAUUUGAAUGGUCCCGUGCCAAAUGAGACAAACACAGACUUCAGGUUCAUACCCUUCAGUGGUGGACCACGUAAGUGUGUAGGCGAUCAGUUUGCAUUGCUGGAAUCACUGGUUGCAUUAUCAAUCCUACUGCAGAACUUCAAUUUUGAGCUCGUUCCAAAUCAAACCAUAGGCAUGACCACUGGUGCAACUAUUCAUACUACCACAGGGCUUUACAUGUCAGUGACCAAAAGACAAAAUAGAGUUCUGGAGCUCACAAUAAUAUAAUUGACUUUAGACGUGUUAUGUCCCCAUAAGCUUGGAAUCCCGGAUUAUAGAUCACACUUUUUAAGUUCUGGAAAGUGAUCGAGGAGAUAUCAUUGUACAUGCGACUCCAGUGUAAUAGAUACAAAGACAUUGUCAUGCUCUAUGGUGAGUACCCAAGAUGUCAGUUUCUUGUAACCCAAUGCAAGUUUGGAAAAGGCGUUAACUCCCAAGAUAUAGAGAGAAAGUCCCAUUGACUUUUUCUUCCAUCCAAGUUCUGCUUUAAAAAUUGGAGAUUUCUAAUUGCUGUUAUUUUUGUAUUCUUCCAAUAGAUGAUAAGAAGUUUGAUAUAAUUAGCAUUGUACCCAAAGGUUCAAUGGGAAUGCCUAUGAAUUUGAGAAAAAAUUAAGGAAUGUUUAAUUUGUAUGUUUUAA